CUCUUACCCUUACCUCUUACCCCGCCGCAGGAUGACGCCUCAUCCCUCGUGUGCGCCAGGUGUCCUAGUGACCCACGAGACGGAGCAGCCCUUCCCGGGUGUCUCGGACGACGAAGUGACCUGCGUCGCAUCCGCUCCGCCCAGCCCCGCUCGCUUGCAGGGGAACUGCGCCGAGACGGAAGGGGGCGGUUGCCGAGGGUCCUCAAGGAAGCUCCGUGCGCGACGCGGAGGGCGCAGCCGCCCCAAGGGUGAAUUGGCUCUGAGCAAGCAGCGACGGAGCCGGCGCAAGAAGGCCAACGACCGCGAGCGCAAUCGGAUGCACAACCUCAACUCCGCUCUGGACGCGCUGCGCGGCGUCUUGCCCACCUUCCCGGACGAUGCGAAGCUCACCAAAAUCGAGACGCUGCGCUUCGCUCACAAUUACAUCUGGGCGCUGACGCAGACGCUGCGCAUAGCGGACCACAGCCUCUACGGGCUGGAGUCGCUUGCGCCUCCCUGCGAGGAGCUGGCCAGCCCGGACGGCUGCUCCCCAGGAGACUGGGGUUCCCUCUAUUCCCCGGUCUCCCAGGAGGGCAGCCUGAGUCCCGCCGCCUCGCUGGAGGAGCGCCCCGGGCUACAGGCGCCUGCUUCCCCUGCCUGCCUGCACCCUGGCGCCCUGGCUUUUUCAGACUUUCUAUGAAGGGGCCUAUCCGCUGCUGGGCAGUGGGUGAUGGUAGAAAGGGAAGGGGCGGAAGCCGUCGGAGACGCCCGGUGGAGGCCCUCAGGCGUACUUGCUCCUGCUGCCUCUGGCUCGCUGACCCCUGGCGGGCCCAGGCGCCCAAGAGGGUGGCAGGCCGGAUUCAAUCCCUUGGUCCUCUGCGCCGAGCCAACUGCAACCCUCUGCCGCUGCCCGCGCGAGUGGGCACUGCAGGCUCCGCGCGUUUUAGGCCCUCUCCCUGUGGCCACCCCAAAAUCUCGUGCAGAAAAGACGAGGAUGAUAGCACUACACAGCAGCACUUGCUCCUGUUGCCCAGCGUGUCUUCUUCAAGGAUGCCGCCGACCUCCUCUAGUCCCUAUCAAGCCCCGGGGUUUGGGCCUCUCUACUCUGCCUUAAUUCACGAAGGCGAUCCUCUGCCUUCUCCUUGUGCAAUUUCCUGGAGCCAUUGCCCUCCCAGGGGCGGGAGACGAGGCUAUGAACAGGGGGAGCGCCUCCACCACCACCCUGCAAACUGAAGCACCCUUGUCUUAAAAAAAUCAGUUUGUAAAUUAUCUGAUAUCUUUUGA